AUGAAAUACACAGAAGAUGUGAAUAGUGAUGGAAUUUCAGAUAAUUCUGUUUUAGCUAAUGAAAAUGAUGUUUAUUUGAUUAGUGAAACAGAUUCUUUUUUAAAUAGCGAAACAGAUUCUGUUGCAACAACACAGUCAUCAAACAAGGGAGAAAGACCAUUAGCAAGUAUCUGGAAUGAAUAUAAUAUGAUUAAUAAUAGAUUAGAAAAACUUAAAGGAGCAAGUUGCAAAUACUGUUCUGCUUUAUGGGCUCGAGGAAGAGCUCAGGAGAUGAAAGCUCAUCUUGUGAUGAAGUGCAAAAGAAAAGUACCAAGAAAAAUUCAUAUUAAAGUACUUAGAGAUAUUCAGAGUGCAGACAAGCCUACACCAUCUGGAUCAUCUAAAUCUACUACUCUAAAAAAAAGAAAACAAGACUAUAAUCCAUUGUCUCUGGAUUCCUAUUAUAAUGUGAUUAAAGCUAUCAAUAAAGUUAAAGAAGCAAGAGCAAACAAGUCAUUAAUCAGAUGGAUUGUAAGUUUGGGUAUUUUAUUUUCAGCCUUUGAUAAUCUGUAUUUUGAAGAUUAUAUUAAAAUAUUAAGUCCUGGAUAUAAUUCACCUAAUCAUUAUAUAUUAGCAUCAUCUAUUUUAGACGCAGAGGCAGCAAACAUUAUACUAAAAAUAGAAAAGGAACUAUCUAAAGCUAAAAAUCUUACUUUAUAUGUAGAUAGUUAA